CUGUCCAUCACACAGCAGGGAGAACUUUGGAACCAUGAGAGGAGUCAGGAUCUUUCUGGAAUGGGUGAUACCAUGGCUCAUCGCAAUACUUGGACUAUCGGCAGCCUCCUCCGCAAUGGUCCAAGUGUCAAAAAUGGUGAUAAGAGAAGCAGAAGGGAGAGACUCCCACAUCAACCAAUUCUGCAGCACAUGGGGAAACUUCCAUUACAAGACUUUGGAUGGAGAUUUCUUCCACCUUCCCUCCUCCACCUGUAACUACAUCCUCACAUCCCAGUGUAAGGGCACCUAUGAGAGUUUCAAUAUUCAGCUCCAGCGACAAGAGGUGGACGGCGUAAUCAGCAUCAAGAGGAUUCUGAUGAAACUGGAUGGAAUCAUGGUUGAGUUAGCCAACGCUUCGGUUAAGGUCAUGGAUAAACCUGUCUCCAUACCGUUCAGCGAUAGCAGCAUUUCAAUUGAGAAAACCAAGUCCUACAUUAAAGUUUCAGCAAAGUUGGGUCUAGUUUUUAUGUGGAAUCAGGAGGACUCUCUCUGGGUGGAGCUAGAAGCCAAAUAUAAGAAUCAAACAUGUGGCCUUUGUGGAGACUUCAAUGAAAUCCGUCAUGAUGAGUUCUUCCAGUCAGGGACUCCCAUAAGUCCUGAUGAAUAUGCAGAGGAAUGGAAAGUUGAUGGUCCCACUGAAACCUGUAAAGUAGUCUCUUCUCAUGCUGAAGAAAAUUGCCCAGAAAAGACAGAUCUCUGCAAGAACCUGCUGAGUGGACCUGCUUUCCGAAGCUGUCGCAACCUGGUCGACACGGACUCCUUCUUUAAAGCCUGUGAGAAAGACUUGUGCUACUGCAAGAGCAACGACAGUGCAUGCUUGUGUUCUACCGUUUCCGAAUACUCCCGCCAGUGCGCCCAUGCAGGUGGACAUCCACAGCAGUGGAAAACUAAACAACUCUGUGAAAAAAGCUGUCCUUUCAACAUGGAGUAUAAGGAGUGCGGUAGUCCCUGCACUGAUACCUGCAGAUACCGGCAGCAAAGCCAGCUGUGUGAUGAGCACUGCAUCGAUGGAUGCUUCUGUCCUGCUGGAACCAUCUUUGAUGACAUCACACAGAGUGGAUGUGUUCCUGUUGAGCAGUGUCCCUGUUUCCAUGCAGACCAGAUAUACAACCCUGGAGAUUCAGUCAUGAUGUCGUGUAAAAAUUGUACGUGUUCAAAGGGUGAGUGGAGCUGUGUACAAGUAAGCUGUCCGGCUAUGUGCUCCAUCCGAGGAGGCGCUCACUUCAUCACCUAUGAUGAGAAGGCAUAUGAUUUCCAUGGAAAAUGUUCCUACGUUUUGUCCAAGGAUGAAAGCAAUACUUUUUCUGUGCUUGGUGUUUUUGACAAAUGUGAAAAAUCUGAGAAAUCAACUUGUCUUUCUGCCGUUACUCUGAGGUACCAAAAUCGCACGAUCAUUGAAGUUAAACAAAGCAAUAAAGUCCUAUAUAACGGACAGGCCUUUGAACUUCCUGUUUUCCUGGAUGGCUUUAAAAUCUUCCAACCCUCCACAUUCUUUAUUGUAAUUCAUACAAGCUUUGGGCUCAAUCUUGAGGUUCAGCUCGUACCGACUAUGCAGCUCUAUAUCAGAGCCGACGUCUCCUUGAAGGGAAAAGUCAUGGGUCUUUGUGGCGAUUAUAACGAUGACUCAGAAGACGACUUUAAAACUACUAGUGGAUUAACUGAGAGAACAGCUGCGUCAUUUGCCAACACAUGGCGGGCCAAAACAGACUGCCCUGAGGUAAAAACGGAACUAGCCGACCCCUGCACUACAAGCAUGGAAAAGCAGAAAUAUGCCAAAGAAUUGUGCUCGCAUCUGUCAAACAAAAGCGAGGUUUUUGGACCUUGCCAUUCUAAAAUAGACCCAGAAGAAUAUGAAACUUCUUGCGUUUAUGACACUUGUGCUUGUGAAAACAGUGAAGACUGUCUGUGUGCUGCCUGGUCAUCAUAUGUCCAUGCAUGUGCUGCUGAGGGGGUGAUCCUGGAGGGAUGGAGAAAAGAUACCUGCAGCAGAUACACGACAAACUGUCCUGCUACUAUGGUGUACAAAUACAACAUGACAAGUUGCGAUCGAACUUGCCGCUCUCUAAGUCAGUCAGAUCCAACGUGCACGGUUAAGCAUACCCCUUUUGAUGGCUGCGGCUGUGCUGAAGGGACUUUUCAAAAUGAGAAAGGAAAGUGUGUAUCGGCUGCAGAGUGCUCCUGUCAUGAAGGACAUACGGUGAUACAACCUGGGCAAAGCACCACUGUCAAAGGACAAACUUGCUCCUGCCACGCUGGAAAAUUACAUUGUAAAGGACAACAAAAAAGCCAGUCAUGCACCAGUCCAAUGGUGUUCUUCAAUUGCUCCGAUGCAAAGUCGGGCGAAAAGGGAUCAGAGAGCCAGAGGAGCUGUCAGACACUCGACUCUGAAAGUGUAAGUUCCCAGUGUGUCUCUGGGUGUGUGUGUCCCAGUGGCCUGCUGUCCAAUGGGAGUGGAGGCUGUGUGAACGAGGAGGACUGUCCCUGCCCACAUGGUGGAAAAUAUUACAAUCCAGGAGAAGAAAUCACUGACGACUGCAAUAAAUGCAAAUGCAGAAACAGGAAAUGGGAAUGCACUAAAAAUGACUGUGGUGGGACCUGUACCAUUUAUGGAGAGGGACAUUACAUCACUUUUGAUCAAAAGAAAUUUGCAUUCAAGGGGGACUGUGGCUACAUUUUCUCUCAGGAUUACUGUGGAGACAAUGUGAAUGGUACCUUCAGGAUCCGCACUGAAAACAUCCCUUGCUCAGAAGGUGAAACUAUUUGCUCCACUAGCAUCAAACUCUACCUUGGGAGCAAAGAAAUCCUUCUGUCAGAUGAAAGCAUCUCAGUGAUCAGCCAAAGCAAAGAGAUGGACAUACCCUUUAAAGUCCACACUAUGGGGAUAUAUGUCGUCAUUGAGGCAAACAAUGGUCUUAUUCUCAUCUGGAAUAAGAAAACAACACUAAUGAUUAAACUCAGCUCUGCAUUCAAGGGUAAAGUCUGUGGCCUGUGUGGGAAUUACGAUGGGGCCAUCAGGAAUGAUUUCACCACAAGAAGCAAUGAAAUAGUAGUUAAUCCAACAUUGUUUGGAAACAGCUGGAAACUGUCCUCCACCUGCCCAGAUGUAAACAUAACACAGAACCCCUGUGCCCUGUACUCUCACAGACGCGCAUGGUCAGAAAAACACUGCAACAUUAUCAAAAGUGAAGUGUUUUCUGCCUGCCACAAUAAGGUGGAGCCAAACCAGUACUAUGAUGCUUGUGUGGCAGAUACAUGCUCCUGUAAUGCAGGAGGGGAUUGUGAAUGUUUCUGCUCAGCUGUAGGAGCAUAUGCAGCCGCAUGCAUUGAGGCUGGAGCCUGCGUGAGAUGGAGAACCCCCACCAUCUGUCCUCUGUUCUGUGACUAUUACAACCCUGAUGGAGAGUGUGAGUGGCACUAUGCUCCAUGUGGAAAAGCAUGCAUGAAGACAUGCAGAAAUCCUUCAGGAAAAUGCAGCAAUAAAAUUCCAGCACUGGAAGGCUGCUAUCCAACAUGCCCACAUCGACAACCUUACCUAGAUGAAGCUAAAAUGAUGUGUGUCUCUGGCGAAGAGUGUGGCUGCUAUGAUACGGAUGGAAAACAUUAUAAGGAGGGAGAGUCAAUGCCUGCCAGUGAAAAUUGUUAUAAGUGCAAUUGUUCCUCAAUAUUGUCAAGGUGCAUAUUUGAUGUGAAUGCUUGCACCUGUGUCUACAUGAACAGAACAUACAAGUAUGGAGAAAUAGUUUAUGAAACACAUGAUGGAAAUGGAACCUGCAUCACUGCUGUUUGUAGAGAGAAUGGAACCAUCGUUAGAAGAUUGAUAUCUUGCCAACAUACAACUACAAAUCUCCCAGAGACAACACCAGUCUUUGUAUUUACCACAAGUGAAAGAAUUACAACACACCCAACUAUUCCAACUAAACCUAUUAGUACUUUCACAACUCAGUCUGUAACAACAAUUCUGACUUUCUCAACUCCAAGAGUUUCUACAAAAUCUAAAACAACAUUACCAGUGUUCACAUCAUAUCCAAUUUCAUCAACCACUUCAGCCCCUAAAACAUAUACAACUAAAAUAGCAGCAACAACAACCCCUCACAAAGUAGUAGAUACCACAACAUUAAGCACAGAAAAACAUACAACCACAACAUUUCACACCGAAGCAACUACUACCCCACCUGAAACAACUACAACCAAUGACUGCCUUAUUUGCAAGUGGUCAGAUUGGAUCGACAAUGAUUACCCUGGACAUGGUCACACAGAAGGAGAUUAUGAAAGACUUGCAAACAUUUCAAAUCCUGAUUUAAGUCUUUGUAAAAAACCUUUAGAAAUUAAGUGCCGAGCCAAAUUGUUUAAAGAUGUGCCAAUAGAGGAAAUACCUCAACAAGUAACCUGCAACCCUACAGAGGGACUGGUUUGUAAUAAUAAGGAUCAGACACCAAACACUCCUUGUUUUAACUAUGAAAUUCAAGUGAAAUGUUGUAUCUACAGCUGUGAGCCUGAAACCACAACCAGGAGAACUGAAAAAUUAACCACCACACCAAACAUUGGUACAACCAGCCCUACAACGGUGACUGAAAAACCAACAACCACAACAAAGAUAACAGAAAGAUCCUCAACUUCUCAUAUUGGAACACCUACCCCAAAAACAGGAACUCAAAUCACAGAAACCACACCGGAGAAUACAGAAAGAGUCACCCCAACACCUUACAUAGGGACACCAAGCCCAACUAUGGAAACUAAAAAAUCAACAACCCCUCACAAAAUAGUAGAUACCACAACAUUAAGCACCAAAAACCAUACAACUGCAACAACUCAAAUCGAACCAACUACUACCCCACCUGAGCCAACUACAACCAAUGACUGCCUUAUUUGCAAGUGGUCAGAUUGGAUCGACAAUGAUUACCCUGGACAUGGUCACACAGAAGGAGAUUAUGAAAGACUUGCAAACAUUUCAAAUCCUGAUUUAAGUCUUUGUAAAAAACCUUUAGAAAUUAAGUGCCGAGCCAAAUUGUUUAAAGAUGUGCCAAUAGAGGAAAUACCUCAACAAGUAACCUGCAACCCUACAGAGGGACUGGUUUGUAAUAAUAAGGAUCAGACACCAAACACUCCUUGUUUUAACUAUGAAAUUCAAGUGAAAUGUUGUAUCUACAGCUGUGAGCCUGAAACCACAACCAGGAGAACUGAAAAAUUAACCACCACACCAAACAUUGGUACAACCAGCCCUACAACGGUGACUGAAAAACCAACAAAAACAACAAAGAUAACAGAAAGAUCCUCAACUUCUCAUAUUGGAACACCUACCCCAAAAACAGGAACUCAAAUCACAGAAACCACACCGGAGAAUACAGAAAGAGUCACCCCAACACCUUACAUAGGGACACCAAGCCCAACUAUGGAAACUAAAAAAUCAACAACCCCUCACAAAAUAGUAGAUACCACAACAUUAACCACCAAAAACCAUACAACUGCAACAACUCAAAUCGAACCAACUACUACCCCACCUGAGCCAACUACAACCAAUGACUGCCUUAUUUGCAAGUGGUCAGAUUGGAUCGACAAUGAUUACCCUGGACAUGGUCACACAGAAGGAGAUUAUGAAAGACUUGCAAACAUUUCAAAUCCUGAUUUAAGUCUUUGUAAAAAACCUUUAGAAAUUAAGUGCCGAGCCAAAUUGUUUAAAGAUGUGCCAAUAGAGGAAAUACCUCAACAAGUAACCUGCAACCCUACAGAGGGACUGGUUUGUAAUAAUAAGGAUCAGACACCAAACACUCCUUGUUUUAACUAUGAAAUUCAAGUGAAAUGUUGUAUCUACAGCUGUGAGCCUGAAACCACAACCAGGAGAACUGAAAAAUUAACCACCACACCAAACAUUGAUACCACAACAUUAACCACCAAAAACCAUACAACUGCAACAACUCAAAUCGAACCAACUACUACCCCACCUGAGCCAACUACAACCAAUGACUGCCUUAUUUGCAAGUGGUCAGAUUGGAUCGACAAUGAUUACCCUGGACAUGGUCACACAGAAGGAGAUUAUGAAAGACUUGCAAACAUUUCAAAUCCUGAUUUAAGUCUUUGUAAAAAACCUUUAGAAAUUAAGUGCCGAGCCAAAUUGUUUAAAGAUGUGCCAAUAGAGGAAAUACCUCAACAAGUAACCUGCAACCCUACAGAGGGACUGGUUUGUAAUAAUAAGGAUCAGACACCAAACACUCCUUGUUUUAACUAUGAAAUUCAAGUGAAAUGUUGUAUCUACAGCUGUGAGCCUGAAACCACAACCAGGAGAACUGAAAAAUUAACCACCACACCAAACAUUGGUACAACCAGCCCUACAACGGUGACUGAAAAACCAACAACAACAACAAAGAUAACAGAAAGAUCCUCAACUUCUCAUAUUGGAACACCUACCCCAAAAACAGGAACUCAAAUCACAGAAACCCCACCGGAGAAUACAGAAAGAGUCACCCCAACACCUUACAUAGGGACACCAAGCCCAACUAUGGAAACUAAAAAAUCAACAACCCCUCACAAAAUAGUAGAUACCACAACAUUAAGCACCAAAAACCAAACAACUGCAACAACUCAAAUCGAACCAACUACUACCCCACCUGAGCCAACUACAACCAAUGACUGCCUUAUUUGCAAGUGGUCAGAUUGGAUCGACAAUGAUUACCCUGGACAUGGUCACACAGAAGGAGAUUAUGAAAGACUUGCAAACAUUUCUAAUCCUGCUUUAAGUCUUUGUAAAAAACCUUUAGAAAUUAAGUGCCGAGCCAAAUUGUUUAAAGAUGUGCCAAUAGAGGAAAUACCUCAACAAGUAACCUGCAACCCUACAGAGGGACUGGUUUGUAAUAAUAAGGAUCAGACACCGAACACUCCUUGUUUUAACUAUGAAAUUCAAGUGAAAUGUUGUAUCUACAGCUGUGAGCCAAACUCAACACCAAACAUAGAAAUAUCGACCCCAGCAACAAGCACUAACACACCUGAAACCACAACCAGAACAACUGAAAAAUUAACCACCACACCAAACAUUAGUACAACCAGCCCUACAACGGUGACUGAAAAACCAACGACCACAACAAAGAUUACCGAAAGAUCCUCAACUUCUCAUAUUGGAACACCUACCCAAACAACAGGAACGCAAAAUACAGAAACCACACCAAAUACAGAAAGAAUCCCCACAACACCUUACAUAGGGACACCUACCCCAGCAACAGAAACUGAAAAAAACACAACACCUCACACAGAAACUGCAACUUUAUCAACGGGCACUAAAACACCUGAAACCACAACGAGAAUAACAGAAAAAUCAUCCACCACUUUCAACAAUGGUACACCCACCCCUACAAUGGUGACAGAACAACCAAUGACCACAACAAAGAUUACAGAAGGAUCCUCAACUUCUCAUAUUGGAACACCUACCCCAACGACAGGAACUCAAAAUACAGAAACCACAUCAAAUACACAAAGAGUCACCACAGCGCCUUACAUAGGGACACCAAGCACAACUAUAGAAACUGAAAAAUCUACCACACCUCACAUAGAAACUGGUACUGUAGCCAAAGGAACUACAAAACCCAUAACUGCGAAAGUAAUUACAGCAAGAGUAACCACAACACCUUACAUAGGGACUCCUACCCCAACAACAGAAACUGAAAAAACCACAACUCCUCACACAGAAACUGCAACCCCAACGGGCACUAAAACACCCGAAACCACAACCAGAAUGACAGAAAAAUCCUCCACCACUUCUCACAUUGGUACACCCACCCCUACAAUGGCGACUGAAAAGCCAACAACCACAACAAAAAUUACAGAAGGAUCCUCAACUUCUCAUAUUGGAACACCUACCCCAACAACAGGAACUCAAAAUACAGAAACCACACCAAAUACAGAAAGAAUCACCACAACACCUUAUAUAGGGACUCCUACCCCAGCAACAGAAACUGAAAAAACCACACCUCACACAGAAACUGCAACUUUAUCAACGGGCACUAAAACACCUGAAACCACAACUAGAAUAACAGAAAAAUCUUCCACCACUUCUCACAUUGGUACACCCACCCCUACAAUGGCGACUGAAAAGCCAACAACCACGACAAAAAUUAUAGAAGGAUCCUCAACUUCUCAUAUUGGAACACCUACCCCAACAACAGCAACUCAAAAUACGGAAACAACACCAAAUACAGAAAGAAUCACCACAACACCUUACAUAGGGACUCCUACACCAACAACAGAAACUGAAAAAACCACAACUCCUCACACAGAAACUGCAACCCCAACGGGCACUAAAACACCUGAAACCACAACUAGAAUAACAGAAAAAUCUUCCACCACUUCUCACAUUGGUACACCCACCCCUACAAUGGCGACUGAAAAGCCAACAACCACGACAAAAAUUACAGAAGGAUCCUCAACUUCUCAUAUUGGAACACCUACCCCAACAACAGCAACUCAAAAUACAGAAACCACACCAAAUACAGAAAGAAUCACCACAACACCUUACAUAGGGACUCCUACCCCAACAACAGAAACUGAAAAAAACACAACACUUCACACAGAAACUGCAACUUUAUCAAUGGGCACUAAAACACCUGAAACCACAACUAGAAUAACAGAAAAAUCCUCCACCACUUCUCACAUUGGUACACCCACCCCUACAAUGGCGACUGAAAAGCCAACAACUACAACACAGAUUACAGAAAGAUCCUCAACUUCUCAUAUUGGAACACCUACCCCAACAACAGGAACUCAAAAUACAGAAACCACACCAAAUACAGAAAGAAUCACCACAACACCGUACAUAGGGACUCCUACCCCAACAACAGAAACUGAAAAAAACACACCUCCCACAGAAACUGCAACUUUAUCAAUGGGCACUAAAACACCUGAAACCACAACUAGAAUAACAGAAAAAUCUUCCACCACUUCUCACAUUGGUACACCCACCCCUACAAUGGCGACUGAAAAGCCAACAACCACAACAAAAAUUAUAGAAGGAUCCUCAACUUCUCAUAUUGGAACACCUACCCCAACAACAGCAACUCAAAAUACAGAAACCACACCAAAUACAGAAAGAAUCACCACAACACCUUACAUAGGGACUCCUACCCCAACAAGAGAAACUGAAAAAAACACAACACUUCACACAGAAACUGCAACUUUAUCAAUGGGCACUAAAACACCUGAAACCACAACUAGAAUAACAGAAAAAUCCUCCACCACUUCUCACAUUGGUACACCCACCCCUACAAUGGCAACUGAAAAACCAACAACCACAACACAGAUUACAGAAAGAUCCUCAACUUCUCAUAUUGGAACACCUACCCCAACAACAGGAACUCAAAAUACAGAAACCACACCAAAUACAGAAAGAAUCACCACAACACCGUACAUAGGGACUCCUACCCCAACAACAGAAACUGAAAAAAACACACCUCCCACAGAAACUGCAACUUUAUCAAUGGGCACUAAAACACCUGAAACCACAACUAGAAUAACAGAAAAAUCUUCCACCACUUCUCACAUUGGUACACCCACCCCUACAAUGGCAACUGAAAAGCCAACAACCACAACAAAAAUUACAGAAGGAUCCUCAACUUCUCAUAUUGGAACACCUACCCCAACAACAGGAACUCAAAAUACAGAAACCACACCAAAUACAGAAAGAAUCACCACAACACCGUACAUAGGGACUCCUACCCCAACAACAGAAACUGAAAAAAACACACCUCCCACAGAAACUGCAACUUUAUCAAUGGGCACUAAAACACCUGAAACCACAACUAGAAUAACAGAAAAAUCUUCCACCACUUCUCACAUUGGUACACCCACCCCUACAAUGGCGACUGAAAAGCCAACAACUACAACACAGAUUACAGAAAGAUCCUCAACUUCUCAUAUUGGAACACCUACCCCAACAACAGGAACUCAAAAUACAGAAACCACACCAAAUACAGAAAGAAUCACCACAACACCGUACAUAGGGACUCCUACCCCAACAACAGAAACUGAAAAAACCACAACACCUCACACAGAAACUGCAACUUUAUCAAUGGGCACUAAAACACCUGAAACCACAACUAGAAUAACAGAAAAAUCCUCCACCACUUCUCACAUUGGUACACCCACCCCUACAAUGGCGACUGAAAAACCCACAACCACGACAAAAAUUACAGAAAGAUCCUCAACUACUCAUAUUGGAACACCUACCCCAACAACAGGAACUCAAAAUACAGAAACCACACCAAAUACAGAAAGAAUCACCACAACACCUUACAUAGGGACACCAAGUCCAACAACAGAAACUGAAAAAAACACAACACCUCACACAGAAACUGCAACCCCAACAGGCACUAAAACACCUGAAACCACAACCAGAAUAACAGAAAAAUCUUCCACCACUUCUCACAUUGGUACACCCACCCCUACGAUGGCAACUGAAAAGCCAACAACUACAACACAGAUUACAGAAAGAUCCUCAACUUCUCAUAUUGGAACACCUACCCCAACAACAGGAACUCAAAAUACAGAAACUACACCAAAUACAGAAAGAAUCACCACAACACCUUACAUAGGGACUCCUACCCCAACAACAGAAACUGAAAAAACCACAACUCCUCACACAGAAACUGCAACCCCAACAGGCACUAAAACACCUGAAACCACAACUAGAAUAACAGAAAAGUCUUCCACCACUUCUCACAUUGGUACACCCACCCCUACGAUGGCGACUGAAAAACCCACAACCACAACACAGAUUACAGAAAGAUCCUCAACUUCUCAUAUUGGAACACCUACCCCAACAACAGGAACUCAAAAUACAGAAACCACACCAAAUACAGAAAGAAUCACCACAACACCGUACAUAGGGACACCUACCCCAACUAUGGGAACUGAAAAAACCACAACACCUCAUACAGAAACUGUCAUGGCAACAACAGGCGCUGAAACACAAACUAUUAUAACCCAAAAACUUACCACCAUACCUUACACCAGUACACUCAAAACUGAAACCUCAGGUAUUACAGAAACCUACACCACAAUCAUCACUGAAAAACACACAACACCUGGAAGCCCAAUUCCUACAACCGUUGUUAAAACAACAGAGAGACCUACAACAACUUUGUGCUCCUGCAAAUACAUGAAUCAGACCUUCUCACCUGGCAGCAUAAUGUACAACGAGACUGAUGGAGGCGGGUGGUGUUUCACUGCAUAUUGCAGUUUGGAAUGCAAUGUGGAUAAGCAUGCCCGACAAUGUCACACAACAACUCCACCAAGUCCUCUGGUUACUACAACAGGCUCAUCCACAACACCUACAACGAGGGAUUGCUCGUUUCUUACACCACCUAGAGAGAAUGGUGAAUCCUGGAGUCCAGACAAAUGCACCAGCAGCACCUGUAAGGAAGGCAAAGUGAUUACAGAACACACACCAUGUAAAACACCAUCCAAACCAGUUUGUGAAAAUGGUAACCCACCUGUUAAGAUUUAUGAUGAAGACGGCUGCUGUUUUCAGUACGAAUGCAAAUGUAUUUGCUCUGGCUGGGGAGAUCCUCAUUACAACACAUUUGAUGGACAAUAUUACAGUUUCCAGGAGAACUGCACAUACGUCCUGGUCAAAGAGAUAAAGCCCAAAUACAAUUUAACAAUUCUCAUUGACAAUGAAAACUGCGAUCCCUCUGGAACGGUGACCUGCCCUAAAGCUUUGAUUGUAUAUUAUAAAAAUUAUAAAGUGACUCUUACACAAAUAAGACAUCCAAAAACUGUGAACAAGUUGUUGAUUAAUGAUGAGGAGGUGACUCCAACCUACUCAAAUGAAGACUUCAUCAUUACAUCCUCAAGAAUUGAGCUGCUCAUGAAAAUCCCAAAGAUUGAAGCCGUUAUCACAUUUAGAGGGCUUUUAUUCAUUGUUGACUUGCCAUUUUCACUUUUCCACGACAACACAGAGGGACAAUGUGGUUAUUGUGACAAUAACAAGACAAAUGACUGCAGACUACCCAAUGGUGCGAUCCAUCCAUUGUGCUCCAAGAUGGCAUAUGAAUGGCUUACAGUGGAUAAAAAUAAACCGUACUGCCAAAACCAAACCCUGCCUUCUCCACCCACACCCACACAAGGACCAACAAAACCACCAUGCAACACAACUAUUUGUGAAAUCAUAAAGCACGAGAUGUUCAAGGAUUGCCACAUGAAAAUUCGACCCGACUCAUUUUAUGAGGCAUGUAAAUUUGAUAAUUGCCACAUGCCAAAUUCCAGCAUGGGCUGCACCAGUCUGGAGGCAUACGCCUUGAUGUGUGCUGAGGCUUCUGUCUGUAUAGACUGGAGGAACCUUGCAAAAGGACAGUGUGAUUACAAGUGUCCAGAGAAUAAAGUCUACAAGCCUUGUGGGCCAACCAUUGUAGAAUCUUGCAAUGCAGGAUACAAUAAUAAACUCAAACAACAGUGUAGAGGAGAAGAAGCCACUUGCAGUGGAAUAAUGGAAGGAUGCUUCUGCCCAGAAGGAACCAUUUUGUUUGGUCCAGGCUCUGAAACUUGUGUCUCAUCCUGUUGCACUGGACCUGCUGGAGAACCUGAACAGAUUGGUGACACAUGGAUAAGUAAUUGCAAGCUGUGCAGGUGUGACAAGGACACACUGAGUGUUGUGUGUGAGCCUCUAGUGUGCCCUACACCAGAACCCAUAACGUGCACAGAGAAUGGUGAGGUGUUGGUGAACCAGACAGUGAACUGCUGCCGGGAACUAACAUGUGAGUGUGAUAAGAACAGCUGUGCUAAACCAACACUGAAGUGUCCGCCUGGCUUUGAGCGAAAUAUCCAAUUAUCAAAAGAAAGCUGCUGCCCACGCUACAGCUGUGAGCCUAAAGGUGUAUGUGUCUAUAACGAUACCGAGUAUAAGCCGGGUACAAACUUUUCCAAGAGCCUUUGUGAAUACUGCCACUGUACCGAUAAACAGGAUCCCCAAACUAAGCUGAACACUGCAGUGUGCUAUCAAAUACGUUGUUCCAUCUCUUGUAGCGAGGGCUACACGUACGUAAAUGAGGCUGGGCAGUGCUGUGGAUCAUGUAAACAGACCAGCUGUAUUUUUGACGUCCCGGGCUUGAACUCUCCAGUAAUUGCUAAGCCUUCACAGUCGUAUUCAUCUCCGAACGACAACUGCACCACAUAUAACUGUGAGAAGGUGAAGAACGAAUUCGUUGUUUUCAGAAACCAAACCACAUGUCCAGAGUUUGACCCAGACAACUGUGUCCCAGGAACAGAAGUGAGUGACAUGAAUGGAUGCUGCAGACGCUGUACGCCUCGUUAUAACUGUCAGCUGCACAGGAACACCACCAAACUGAACAGAAAUAACUGUGAAACCCUUGAGCCAGUGGAGCUCACAUUCUGUGAGGGAUCCUGCAUGGCAUCCUCUUCCAUGUACUCUGCGGAGGUCAACAAAAUCAUGCAUACAUGUACUUGUUGUCGAGAAGUUGCCACCAGCCAGAAAGAAGUGGAGAUGAAAUGUCAAGAUGGCAGUAUAAUUAAGCACAAAUAUACUUCAGUUGAUAAGUGCGAAUGCCGAGUUGCUGAGUGUAAAGAGUGGGCCAAACGUUAAAGAGACACAUGAGAAAAGUUAAAACGGAACAUUUAAGCUCUAUAGGGGAAAUAAUCUGCGGUCUCAAUAAGCGCUUGCAUGCUGAUGCUUUGAAAUACACAACUCUGAGGAUUAAACAAAUCCAGAAAGCAGAGGAGUUCUAGUCUGAAAUAUGCGUUUGGGUGGAGUAGCUUUCUUUAACUUUCAAUGCGUAGUUAUUUUUUGGGUGGCAGUAAAAUACUCUACGCUGUUUUAAACUUUUGCCUCAAUAAAUUCUUAUUCAUCAAUGA